CCAAUACUUUUCUUCUUAAUUCCACAAUGUCUGCGUUUGGAAAAUUGGUUGUGAUAAUGGUUAUGGCUAUGUUAGCCAUUAGCUUAGAUAAAGCUUAUGCUGGAGAUCCAGACAUGCUUCAAGAUGUUUGUGUUGCUGAUCUUAAUUCCAGUUUAACCGUAAAUGGAUAUCUCUGCAAGAAGAACUUUUCAGAAAUAGACUUUUCAUCAAUGGCAAUAGCAAAGGCAGGAUCAACCAACACCACAUUUGGUUCCUUAGUCACAGGUGCAAAUGUCAUGAAAGUCCCUGGCCUCAACACACUUGGUGUGUCCAUGGCUCGUAUCGACUAUGCCCCUGGUGGAAUUAACCCACCUCACACUCAUCCUCGUGCCACUGAAAUGAUCUUUGUCUUGUUGGGUGAAUUAGACGUUGGUUUUAUUACAACAUCUAAUGUUUUGGUCUCAAAGCAUAUAGUUAAAGGUGAAGUGUUUGCUUUCCCUAGAGGACUUGUACAUUUCCAGCAGAACAAUGGUGAUGUUCCAGCAGCCGUCGUCGCGGGCUUCAACAGCCAGUUGCCGGGGACACAAUCGAUUGCUACAACGUUGUUUGCUUCCUCACCAACUGUUCCUGAUUCUGUCUUGACUAAAACAUUCCAAAUUGGUACUAAGGAAGUUGAGAAAAUUAAGUCAAGGUUGGCACCUAAGAAAUAGACUUUUCGUAAAUUAAUAACUCUUGUGACUAUUAUUUUCUUUGGUGAGCUCGUUAAUUGAUAGGGAUUUGUGGGUUCAUAUAUACGAUGGGGAAUGGAUUUUUUUUUGUUGUCCUUUUGAAAUUUAUGUCCAAUAAUGUUGUAACGGCCUCUUGUUUCUCUGCUGGUCAGGAAUAAAGGUAAUCGAUCUCUUUAUGUA